CCACUUUGAUGUCACCGUGUUCUUAAAAAGAGACAAAAACAAUCCGCAUUGCAAAAAAAAUCUGCUAUUUUAUUUGUAACAAAGCUGUAGACGGGGCUCUCGCUCUUUUUUUAAAAGAAACCUUUAGAUCGAGUAAACAAAGAUCUAAACAGAAAUGGUUUCCCCAGUCACCGUGGUGAAGUGCGAAGGCCCCAAGUUGGUACCUUUCUUCAAGGCCACAUGUGUCUAUUUCGUCCUCUGGCUUCCCACCUCCAGCCCCUCGUGGUUCAGCGCCCUCAUCAAGUGUCUGCCCAUCUUCUGCCUGUGGGUCUUUCUCCUGGCCCACGGGUUCAGCUUCCUGGGUGCCCACUCCAGUGCCCGCAAGAUCCUGGCCGGACUCAUCUUCUCUUCGCUGGGAGACGCCUUCCUGAUCUGGCAGGAGCAAGGCUACUUCGUCCAUGGCCUGUUAAUGUUCGCUAUCAGCCACGUCCUGUACUCCUCUGCCUUCGGGAUGAAGCCUCUGGACCUCCGCGCGGGCCUGUCUAUCGGAGUGGUGUCGGGGCUGAGCUAUGCGCUUCUCUACUCCUAUUUGUCAGGGCCCUUCACCUACCUGGUGGCGGUCUACAUCGCGCUGAUUGGCUUCAUGGGCUGGCGGGCCCUGGCCGGUGUGCAGCUCUACGAUGACCUGUGGACCUGGACCAAACUGUCAGCCUGCCUGGGGGCCAUGCUGUUCAUGGUAUCUGACCUCACCAUUGCCGUCAACAAGUUCUGCUUCCCUGUGCCACAUUCCCGGGCCAUCAUCAUGGCCACUUACUACGCAGCGCAGAUGCUCAUUGCCCUGUCCGCCGUGGAGCGCCAGGACGAAGACGACCCCAAAAAGAUAGCCUGAAUCCACCAGCAAUGACCGUUUUGGCAUCAGGGAACAGGCUAGUCGCCCGAUCUAUGGAUGUACAGAUAUAGCACUACAACAAAUACUACUGCUAUUAUUAUUAGUUACCCAAAUUGCUCGGCUUCUUAUUAUGAUCGAUAAGGACCAUUUGUUAUUUUGUGUCCUCAAAAAAAAAGGGAAUUGGGUGCUGCAGACCCUUCUGUGCCACCUUUGUCCUGCUAAUCUGAAAAAGGGUAAGGGAGUAGUUUUAGCUGUUUUCAUGCUCCCCCAUGCUCUAGAAAUUCUUGUUACAUUUUGCACUAGAUUGGUGUGUAUGAUUACCAGAUUGUAUUGCCAAACACCAGGUACUUUUAAAAUACUCCCAUAAUAACAUUAGAAUUGUAAUUACUUAACAUUAUGCUGGACAACUGAAGCAGCACAAAGGCUGUGUACCAGCAGACAGAGUCAGUGUUCGGGGGAAAGACUACGCCCAAUGGCGCCACUCCAGUAUUUCCUGCAUACAUGACAAGCCAUGUCAAUUAUUUAAAAAUAUUAAAUAUGUAUAGGGCUUUAUAUUUCAUUUCCCCAAAAAAUACAGAAAAAGAAAAAUUGUACAAGAAAAGAACUAUCGAAACUCCCAGCAUGAAAUUGGUAUUAGACAAAGCCAAGCUAUUUUAGUAAAAGGGUAACUGAUAAUUGACACUGCUUUCCCAGUUCUGUCUUUUGGAAACCUGCCUUGCUUUUAUCGCACAAAAGACCCUUUUUAUACCAGACAAGACAGUGUUUCAUUUAGUUUUUUUUUAGUUUUUUUUUGGAUGGGGGUAGGGGGAGUGAGUCUUGUUGAGUAAAAUGUGAUCGAUUCAUCGUUAACUAAACCUCAAUAUUUUGUUAUUUGGCUAAUCCAGCACAACGCCUUCAGCAGAAGUGAUAGAAAUACAAACUGCUUUUGUCAGUUUGCCCUCUGUAGACUGACAGGGUAGUCUCACUCCCUUUCCCCUUUAGUUUAUGAUACUGGCAGUUACUGUUACUGGAGGCUCAAAGCAUGACCUACAUGACCGCUGAACUCAUAAUACAGAUUGGAAGUGGUGGAUGGCCUGACUCAUUACCCCAGUGGCCUGAGCUGGUAGCAGACCUAUUCAUGGGACCAUCAGUUUGCUGUGAUCCUCUUGAUCCUGAUACACCAACACUGCUUGGGGGAGUUUUGACACUGGGCCCCUGUAAGUAUUGGAUUUAGGAAAGCCAGUGGCAGUGCAGUUCGAUUAGCAUAUUAUUACUUUUAACAAUUAUUCAGGUCAUUAAGCUGGACAGGGUUUCCAACCUUCAGCAUAUUUACUCAUCUCUGAAAUGAGUGUGCUUUGGAGAGUUUUUGUGCGGCUCCCGUUUAGUAGACCUGAUGGGAUUUGCCACACCAGAGAACUCAGACUGCCCCAUACCAAACACACAGAGCAACAAUCACACCCCUUUAUAAAUCUAUCUAUGGUAAAUUUAGCAAUUUGUCAUUCUUUUGCCAUAAUUAAUCUAUGUAUUUACUCAAGCUAACAGAAACAACCAACAUAAAAUUGCAUGCAGGUGAUACCAGACCUAAAACCUUAAGUUAAAUGUUUUUGAGGGAUUUGCCUUGUCUGGAUCUGACGUGAAACCCUGAUUUAUCAACAUACAAAUACACAAACAGAAGAAAUACCAAAAUGCCUAAGAAGAAAGUUUUGGCUCCAUAAAUGUAUUGACAGAACAGCAGUACUCCCCCAUGCUGGUUGGGUGACAGAGAAUUUGCUUGCUUGCAUCUUCAUAUGCAAGGACAGCAAUUGUUUCACAUUUCUCGUUUGCUUUACUUCCCCAAACAUUAAAAUAGUUCAGUAGUGGUUGAAAACCCUGACCCAAGGCUUCUGGACUGAAGUGUUUGUGUGACAGCAUGUUUUUCAAGUGCAAUUGUUGGUUUUGAGGCCUACUCUCCAGAGGCUCUAGUGUUAAGGAGGUAGGCCUCUAUUAUUGUAUGAAAGCACAUAAAACACUGUCUAAUACCAACUCCCUUGCAGGGAGGGGACAGGCUCCCUCGCAACUACUGUGACAUGCAAGUACUUGCAUGUUAGCAGUGGCCAGCUUUAAAGAGUUCUGUGGCAGAGGUAUAAAACUGGUGCCAUUAUGUCACCAAUAUUCAGCAUGAUGGUGCAACCUCUACAGCAGCUUGAUUUGACAUGGCAGACAUAGGGAUGCAGUUUCAUCAUCUUCUUUAUCAGCACAUACUGGCUUGACCCCAUUCUGAUUAAUUGUAGUAACAAUUUUGUGCAAACAAAGGAACUUCCUAUUCAAAGGGUGCACCUUAGUAUUGUAUUGAGUAAGGCUCAGUUUUGGUACUCAAUUGCGUAUUCUGUUGCCAUGACAAAAUGGGGGAGCCUUGUCUUCUGAGAGCCUUGUUUUCUUUCAUCGAUUGGCAUUUAGAAUUUGUGUUGAAGUAUUAAGUGGAGAAUGGGAACCUAAAAAAACCCUUUUGAAAAUAACUUCUAAUAUUACUAAUUCAUGAUUGUUUGGUACAAAAUGGCUUCUUGUAUAUCCAAAAGCAACCAUAAACAUUUUUUCCAGUAUUGUAAUUAGAUACAAUGGCCAGUGCCUAACAUAUUCUUAUAUAUUUAAAUAUAUAUAUAUAUAUAUAUAUAUAUAUAUA